CUCAGAGGGCUCGCGGUAUUUUCGAUGUACUUGCACUGUCAUUCCGUAUCGAAGCCACCUGUCGUCCACAGGCAUUAUGGUCCAGGCUCAGUGAGUGGGGGUAGGAGCGGCUUAAAAGGCAUUCUGCAAAAGGAGGGUUGGAUCAUCCAUCAGCAAUGCCGAACAAGAAAAAUGGUUGCUACAUCGCCAUGCUCGUCCUGGGCAUGCUUGGCACAGGCAGUAUCAAUACAAUCACCGUGAACAUGCAGCUGAAAAUGAACAGCGUUGGAGUCGAAGGCGACUUCAAAACGUUCAAGAAGCCGUGGUUUGCCACCUUCAACAUGAUGUUCGCCAUGAUGCUCGUGAUCUUUGCGGACAUGCUCGUGGGCUUCUGUUGCCGCCGCCAGCAGGGGCCAGGGUCGGAGCAUCUAAUCGACGCACCGACGAAGGAACACGGCUCCCAGAAAUCAGUGCCGUAUUGGAAGCGAGUGUGCAUGGUGUCGAUCGGAGCGCUCUUUGAUUUGUUGGCCACAGCGCUUUCGAGCAUGGGCCUGUCGUACAUCCCAGCCAGCGUGUGGCAGAUGUUGAAAGGUUCGUCUCUGCUGUUCACGGGUGCCUUCUCCGUCAUCUUCCUGAAGCGUCAGCUUUACAAGUUCAAUUAUGUGGGUUUGUUCCUCUGCUUCGUAGGCGUAACUGUGGUAGGCCUGGCCAGCGUGCUGGGCAGCUCUGACACGCCAGACGAGCCCGAUUCGGAGCCAUUCUCAGUAGGGUUGGUGAUCUUCGGCAUGUCGCUGGUGCUUGCAGGCCAGGUGGUGCAAGCUGCGCAGGUGAUCGCCGAGGAGUGGCUCAUGAAGGACCUGGAUCUGCCUGCGUUGCAGGUCAUCGGAUGGGAGGGCAUUUGGGGCGUGCUGAUGAUGCUGGCGGUGGUCUACCCGUUGCUUUAUGCUCUGCCCGGCGACGACAACGGGCACGUUGAGGACGUCUUCGAUACAGCGGUCAUGCUGAAGAACAGCGCGCCUCUCCUUGGCUGCGUGCUUGUAUACAUGCUUUCCUGCAGCACCUUCAACGUCACGGGGGUCCUCAUCACGAAGGAGUUGUCUGCGACGCAUCGGCAGAUGAUGGACGCAUCCCGGACUCUCGUCAUCUGGCUAUUCGACCUGGGGGUGUAUUACCUGUGGG